GGAUAUAGACGAUGUGGCUGCCUUCUGUUAAGACCAUUGCGCGGGGAUUCUUAUGUCUGGCUGUGGUUGUACUCGCGGCUAUGUUACUCUACCAGGCGUCCCACGCACAUAUUACUGGUACCAGCCAGACUAAUAAGUACGACCUGGCUUUUAAUCAGCUGCUAAAGCCCCCGCAGCAGCCGCAUCUGGCGCCAUUGUCGAAUGAAACAGAAAAUUCGAUAUUCGCCGACGAAGAAGAAGUAUACAAGCAGCGCAAGAGGGCGCUGUACGCUGCUUGCAUAACCGACAACAGAAGCGGCGAGGAAGACCAUUACAUGCAUAGCGUUAUAGCCGACGAUAAGCAUCGACUUCUGUACUGCACUGUACCGCGGGAUGGCUCGCGAAAUAUGCUGCGCACGCUCGUAGCUCUGCGUGGCGACAUGCCUCGGGCGCCGAUCGACGUGCCAGCUAGCAGCGUGUACGCAUCGCACGGUUUCCCCGUGCUCGGUGCCUACGCGCCCGGCAGGCGGCAGCACAUGUUGCGAGAAUACACGAAGUUGCUCGUCGUCCGCAACCCGUUCGAGCGCGUGCUGUCCGCAUAUAGCGUCUUUGCGACGCACGCGAAAGAGCUCAGCGAGGACAGCGCGCGCCUCUAUACGCACUUCCGCCGCUACGUCGCUGAGCGCUACGGUCGCGGUGACGUCACGCAGAAGAGCGACGGUACGGCCAACGUGACGUUCGCCGCCUUCGUUCGCUACCUGACGGACCCGCGCACGCGCCGCGCCGACCCGCUCUCACUGACGUCCGACGGUUCGAUGAACCCGCACUGGAUACCCAUCACGGAGCGCUGCGCGCCGUGCAGCGUGCGCUAUGACGUCAUCGUGCGGCUCGAAACAUUCGCGAGGGAGAGCGGUUACCUGCUGCGGCGGUUGAACGCGAGCGGGCUGGUCGAGCCGCCGCCGCCGCAGCUGAGCUACAGUCCAUCAAGCAGAGUUGCGAAGAUGAGGCAGCAUUACGCCGAGCUGAAUGAGCUGGAUGUGUUGAAGCUGCGGCGCCUGUACGAGCGCGACUUCAAACUUUUCCAGUAUAACGACAGCCUAGAUCUCUCGACGUAGUAGUACUGCCUAUACGUGCAUGCGUGCGUGCGCGCGUGCAUGUACGCCACACACA